AUGAAACUUAUUAGAGAUAAUAAGCAUUUGUUUGAGGAAUACUAUGAUUAAGAUGAGCUUUUGAAAGAAAAGCUAGGACUUAUAUAGCAUUUAAAGUCUGUUACAAAUUAUCAUGAGAGAAUAAACUUAGAGGAUUCAGCUGCGGUUCAAAAAGAGGCUAAAUCUUUUAUUAAAAGAAUAGUUAAGGAAAAAGAAGAAAGAGAAAAAAAGAAGCAAUCAUUUUAGAAAUAAUAAGAGGACAAAUAGUAAAAGGAAUUAUAAGAAAUUGAGAGAAAGAAAGAGGAGGAGAGACUGAAAAUGGAAGAGGAUUAUAAAUAAAAGAAGCAAGAAAUCAUUCAUAAAAUGAAAGAAAAAGAAGAGCAAAGGAAAAAGUUUAGAGAUGACACAGCAGUUGCUGUUAAAUAGGUAAUGAGAGCUUAACCCUUGUAUAUGGUAAUUGAAUAAAAGUACAAAGAAGAGGUUGAAUUACCUGAAUUAGAUCAACAAAAAGAAAAACUCAAGAAUCUUAGAAAUUUUUAUAAGCCAAUUUAAGAGUUGAACAUAGAUAAGCAUUAACAAAAUUAUGACAUUUAAAAAAGAUAAAUGGAGACUGAUAUUAAGAGACAAAGAGAUUUAACUACGAGAUCAAUGAAGGAUCAUAUUGCAGGUCUAAAAUAUAAGCCUCACCUUACAGAUUUCAAAGAUGAAUAGAGAUAGAAAAUGGUUGAAGAAGAAGAACGACUUAGAGAAGAAAAGAGAAAGAUUUAGGAAAAAAUUGGAAAUUAUGCAAAAUACGUGAAGGAAAUGUACUGGCCAAAAGUAAGUGAUAUAAAAAGACAAGAGUUACAAGUUCUGAAAAGUAGUAUUCUGACCUAGCCAAGAAAGAGAAGCUACUCAGCCAAGAAAAAGUUAGUUCCUUCACUUAAUGAUGACUAAGAGUACAUGAUAGAAAGCUCGCAUAAUGGCUUGUCUAAUGUCCAUAGCUUGCCCCAGUUAAGUAGUAUUGGAGGUUACACACCUUAAUAAAUUCAGAGCAAGAAAAAAUUGAAUUGGGAGGGAAAGAAAAAGAGAUAAGAAAGUGAGAUUUAUGAGAGAAGAAACUAAGUUGAAAUGAUUAAAUCAGUAGAUUAUUUGAAAGAUUAAAGAUUUAAAAGAGACCUAGAUGGCAAGAGACCUAAAAUCAUAGAUGAUAGAAUCAUGGAUAAGUACUUAAAUGAUCAAAAUAUGACAGAGCAUCAAAGACUAGAAGAAAUAAGAAGAAGAGCUUAUAUCAUGGAGUAGAGAGCAUAAAUGGACGAAAAGCUGAUAAGAAAUUCGAUUAAAGGAGGAGAUCCACAACUAAGUGUUGAAAAAACUAUCGCUGUUAAUGAUAUGUAUUUGGAUGCAAUCCAAGCUAAACUUAAAAUUCUUGACUAGAUAUGA